GGGCGUCACGGGCCGUAGGAGUAGUAGUAGGGCCCACCCAACGCAGAAGCAAAGCACCCCCAAUCUCUGCGCCGCCGCCGUUCCCGUCCUCCUCCGCCAGUCCGCGCUCCUCCGCCGUCGCGGUCGCGGUCGCGCCCUCGCCGUCGCCUGCCGACCGCGAGCUUCCUCGCCACUACCGGUCCACCGGGGGCGGCGCCAUGUCCCAGUCCCAGAACAACAACCCCUCCCAGCUCCUCCCCUCAGAGCUGAUCGACCGGUGCAUCGGGUCCAAGAUCUGGGUGAUCAUGAAGGGGGACAAGGAGCUCGUCGGCACCCUCUGCGGCUUCGAUGUCUACGUCAACAUGGUGCUGGAGGACGUCACCGAGUAUGAAUACACAGCUGAAGGGCGUCGCAUUACAAAACUUGACCAGAUACUGCUGAACGGCAACAACAUAGCCAUCUUGGUUCCUGGUGGUUCACCACCCGAUGUGUAACGAGCUUGUGCUUCCAGAGUAACGAUUUGAGGCGAAGGCAGCUUGGUGAACUCUGCACCUUGUGUUGGUCAGAAGCAUCGGAUGUUUUCUCAGCUCAAAUGUGUUUCUCCUGUUCGUGAUUGUACCGAAGUUUAUUAGCAAGUCUGUCAACAUGGAAGCUCUCUCCUGUAAUGAACUUACUGAUCUCAGUAGAGGACUUGCGCAUGCUUAUACGAUUGGCUAUGCUAAUUCCGAUGCUCAUCAUCGUCGUGCUGCAAUGUGAAUCCGAGUAAUGGAUUAAAUGCAAUGUGCUGAGUUUUAUAUCGGCAAUA